ACUUAUAUGCUUCAUUGCAGCUUGGAAAAUCUUAGUACGACUCCUAUUACACAAUGCAAACGGUGGCUGGACUGCAUGGGUUGAUUGAUGUUUUGCCGCCGUACGGCGUGGCCGAGCCAUUCGCUCAAGAUUAUGACAAGAGCAUCAUCCUCGAUGACCGGUACUACAAAAGCUAUUAUGAUUGGGUGGGAGAGCCUGAGUCCCUGCUGAUUCCCAGGAAGGGAAAGUUUGAUUACGCUGAAUCGACCACUCCAAGCUCACAUCCAACAGCUCGUGAUGCGAUCAAUCUUGAACAUCCCCACUGGAGGGUUGCCCCUGGUAAAACUUAUCGCCUCAAUAUUUCAAGUGUGACUGCUCAAUCUGCUCUCAGCUUUAGGAUUGAGGAUCACAACCUUACCAUUGUUGAAGCAGACGGGCAUUGUAUAGAGCCAAGCUUGAUCGUCUACUCGGGCAAGACAUACUCUGUCAAGAUCAAAGCCGAUUAAGAUCGGUCGAGAAAUUACUCGAUCACGACCAACAUUGUUGGCCAGAACGCCACUACCACAACCGCUCUCGGUCUGGCCGUGCUCAGUUACUCCCCACCUGCUGGCCCGAUUCAGAAUGACGUCACACCGUAGUUAGUUUCUCCAGAGAAUAUAAAUCAUAUUUUUGUUUUGUUUAUUAGCUUUUUAACGAAUUACUGGGGAACAUGCUGGUUAGUGUUUUAUUCAGUUGAAUUUGACAUUCUAAUCGAGUGUUAAAUUGGCUUUCACUAUCCAAGUCAGAGGCGAUUCUAGUCAUAUCUCAGCAUUUCUCCUGGUGAUGGCAUGGGAUAGUUUCUUGCAUCGUUGUUGACUGAUCGAGCAAUUUGUCAUAAGUCUCUCGGCUGUAGUCCCCUGCAAACAGAAAGAUAAUGUUAGAGCAGGUUGCUUCAACUUUGCAGGGUAUACCCAAUUUGUUAUUGGGCACACAUGUUGAACAUUUGUUCCAAUUUUAAGCAUCUUCUAGGAAGAGGAGAUUGCUUCUAUUUUGAAGGAAGAAAUUGUUCAGACCGCCAUAAAUCUAUAGCACAAC